UCCGUUCAUUUCCCCUGUCAUUCCUUAAUCUUGGGUGUACUGGCUUUCACUCAACUCGACUUCUUGCCGCAGCCUGCGAGCCUUGUCGCGCCUCUGCUGCUCCACGUAUACUUAGUAAUCCGUCAGCACCUUGUACCUCGAGAGCGCUUGUUUCGUCUCAAUUCCGCCGUGCCCGCCCUCGUAGCACGCUGCUGUCCAACCACGACGCGUCCAGUCAGCUAGCGACUGCUGGUACCUGAGACGCACGCUGCAAAUCCCACUCCCAGGGCCAAGCACAUCGUUGCGCUGCCGUUGGCGGUGCCCAUCCUUAAUUUCGUCAGGACAGCCCGCCGCAGCGAACCGCGACGGCAGGGGCCAUCGACAGCUUCACCAUGGCUCAGAUAGCCCUGCCACGACAGCAGGUUACCCAGGCCCCGCAGUCUGCAGACGUGGGCUCACCGCUCUACCAGCGUCGGCGUCCCUCCAAUGCUGGCCCCAUUGAGCUUCUGCCCAACCCUGACUUCACCUUUCCCAUGCGAGGACCGGACAGCACAUCUCCAGAAGCCGCGUCCGCGUCUAACACUCGGCCAAUGUCGCUCCAGACAUACCCCGCUGGGCGCCGCGGCUCAACGCCAGGAUCGAGACAAAAGUCUGUCAACGCCCUACCAGACUUCUCCUUCAACCCAGCAGGAGCAAGCAAACCGCCCACCACUGCGACAACCCCUCCACACUCCCCGCUACCGACACCGACGACUCCCUCGAGACCAAUUGGCGGACACAGGCGAGGUGGAAGCGAGUUCAUUGGAGGCGAUGGACGCGCGGGAGCCUCGGCCUUAAUGAGCACGAGUCCUACCAAGGGUGACGGUGUGCUGCCUCCUCCGACCGCCAAUCUGCGUCCCGGCCCGCCUGCAGGACGGCGAGGACACGCUCAUCGCCGCUCGGGUGCCGUCUCUUCUCACGACUUGUCCUCGAUCAUGAAUCCGUCUGCUGCACCACGGGCUGGCAGUGCUCCUGUCACGCCAUUGGAAGGCAAUGAGUUUGCUUUCGGUCAUUCUGUGAACAAGUCGGUCUCACAGCCUUCGUUGCGGAGUGCCGGUUCGUUCGGUGACGAGACAAACAGCACACCCCGACCGCCGUCGAGGGCACGUGUUGGAUUCUCCGACAGAAUUGAGUACAUCCGCCCGCUUUCGACAAUCUCUUCGGAGACUGAGACCUCCAUGUCUACCAUUCGGGGCCAUUCAGCAACGAAUAGCCUGUCCUCCGUCAUUAGCGCCGGUACAUCGAGCCCGCAGUCAGCACGGACGACUCGCCCUUCGCUCAGCACUGUCGAGGACGAAGCACGCCCCAGUACUGCCGGUGCCGUCCUAGACAAGCAUAAGAGUGUUCAUCUAGGCGGUGAUCUCUUCAACCGCAAGCGACCAAUGUCGGCCGUGUCUCCGGCAGCUGUCGCCAGCCCAACCUCACCCACUCUGCCUUCCAAGCGACGGGGUUUCUUCCGCCUAGAAUCUCGACGCAGCGACACCUCUGUACCUACGCUUUCGAGUGCCUCUGAUCCGGCCCUUUCCGUUUCGCUUGAGUCGCCACUGCCAUCGCCAUCGCCUAUGGCUGAGGAUGACGAUACGAUGGAUGAUACCGAUAAAGCAAAAUGCGCGACGCGAAAGGCGAGCCGUGCACCAAGAAAAGUGAAGUCUUGGGCUAACUCAAUCAUCCCACGAAAAGGAAAGAAUGCUAAGAAGGCGAAAGGCAGGGCUGCUACUCCACCCGCGGAAACGACAGCAGACCUCGAGGACACGGACGCAUCAGAGGACCUGGAUUUCGAGGCCAAUUUCGAUGUAGAUAACACAGUCACCAUCGUCUCGCCCACAGAAGACUCGAUACCAGAACAGAAGUUGCACGCAGACUACGCUUCGUGGCGGCCGCGAGAAUUCAAGCGCGUAGAUUCGGAUACGAUGAGCCCUGUGAUCGAUCUGGAUGCGGCGCUCGGUCCCUUUAAUACUCCACAAGGACCGAGCCCACGCGUAGGUCAACGUGGCUUUGCGGCACAUAGGCGGGCUCUGCACAGUGCAGGUGGGGUGCUUCAGAACCACCGGCGGACCGAGAGCGCUCCAGAACUAGUUCCCUUUGAGCUCAGGACGUCAGCUGUCGCAACCACCUCUACCAUGGCCGACGUUUUCGAAGAGGAGGAGCCGGACGAUGAGCCAUCCAAGCCCGGCGAGACUCCGAAAUCCCCUGCGUCCGUAGGUGACGAGGCACAAGACGAAGCAGAGGAACCAAAGAUUCAGGUCGUGGAGGCGGACGGCAACCAGAGCGGCUCCGCAAUCAAUUGGAACUUCAACGACGGGCUUGGAAUUAAGCGGACUGAGAAGAGGGGUACACCGAGUUCAAUUGAGCCAAUAUCUCCUCGUGCAGAACCUCGAACAUCCUCCUUGACGCACUCUUCCGAUUCGACGGUAACUCCUCCGGUCGCACCGACUGAGCCCAAGGACCACCAGCCGGUGAUGAAUCUAUCCCUUCCGCUUCCACAGCAGAACCUAAUGACUCCCGAUACAUUCACCUCAUCCUUCCCGUCACCAGAUUUUCGAUCAAGCCAGGCCUCCUUCGAUACCCCUCGCUUGGGCACCGCAGCCUCGUCGAUGACGGAUUACCCAGUCAUGCCCUCCCCACGUUUUGGGGAGCCAGGGCCGGAGGUCCGCAUCUCUGUGGACGAUGUUCCAUCCUUAACCUCGUCCAGAUCGACUAUGACGAGCGCAAUGCAGAAUGCCUUCCCUUUGAUGAGUCCUCGCCGCCCUAGCGACCGAUCUGCAUCUCUAUGCUCUGUUCCUAGCGAUGUGGAGUCGCGUCGCCGCAAACGUUCCAGCAUCGCCAGUCUAUCCCGGUUGAUCAACGGGUCUUCUUUCGGCGAGAGGAGCAAGCUCUCUAUCGAGCAGCGACCACAAUCCGAAUAUCUGGAGCCCUCCAGCAAGGAAUCCAAGAAGAAGCAUAGGCGACUGAGCAAGCUGAUGCAAUUCUGGAAGCCCAAGGACGCUUCGCGAACCUGA